AUGUCCUCCAACGGCCUGACACAGAGACCUAUUCGUCUCACUGUCAUCGCUGCCGACGGUCUUUACAAGCGGGAUGUCUUUCGUCUGCCCGACCCAUUCGCCGUCGUCACGGUUGAUGGCGACCAGACCCAUACCACCACCGUCAUGAAAAAGACCUUGAACCCUUACUGGAACGAAAGCUUCGAAGUUAAUGUUACCAACAAGAGUGUCCUCGCAGUUCAAAUCUUUGACCAGAAAAAGUUCAAGAAAAAGGAUCAAGGAUUCUUGGGAACCGUCAACAUCCAGAUGGGCGAUGUCUUUGACGUGAACGUUGGAGGAGAUGAAAUGCUCACAACGGAAUUGAAGAAAUCUGGAUCGAAUGACGUGGUUGUCCAGGGAAAGCUCAUUAUCAACGUCUCAUCCAACACCGGUCAUCAGGGCACCGUCGCCAACGGACGUACCCUCCAGGCACCAGCAUCGACACAUCGCAGGACCCCCUCUGUUCUUUCUGCAGUCUCAUCCAACGCUGGGUCAAUAUCGACCAACCGCAACAGUAUCGCUGUCACCUCCAGCCCCGUCCAAUCCGCCGUCACUCCCAUCGCUGCUUCACCCACGGUCCCCACAGCCGCUCCCAACGGAGGGCGUCAACUUUCACCUUAUGAAGAUGAACAUGGACCUCUCCCACCCAACUGGGAGCGCCGCUUGGAUCCUCUUGGUCGCACUUACUACGUGGAUCAUAACAACCGUCAGACCACCUGGACUCGUCCAAGCUUGAGCACAUCAACACAGGAUAGAGCUCAAGAACUCACCAACCAAACCGAGAUGCAGAGACAGCAACACCACAACCGCGCCCUUCCAGACGAUCGAUCAGGCGGAAGCACACCCUUGCCAGUUCAGUCAGGCGCCACGAUGCCCGACGCUGCCGCAGCUGCCGCCCCACCACCACCUGCAUCUAACUCGACCAUGCCCCAGAACACGACAGGACUGGCACCCAUCAGUCUCAACUCGACCACUGCAGGAUCUGGACCGUUGCCGGCAGGAUGGGAACAGAGAUUGACGCCUGAAGGCAGACCUUACUAUGUGGACCACAACACUCGCUCAACCACCUGGGUGGACCCUCGUCGUCAGCAGUUUGUGCGCAUGAGCGAUCCUCGUAGCUCGACCAACCAGGUUGCAGUCCACCAACAGCCCGUCUCACAACUGGGUGCUCUGCCCUCUGGAUGGGAGAUGCGUCUCACCAACACUGCUCGAGUCUACUUUGUCGACCACAACACCAAGACUACCACCUGGGAUGAUCCUCGUCUUCCUAGUAGUUUGGACCAGAGUGUGCCUCAGUACAAGCGCGAUUUCCGUCGCAAGUUGAUCUACUUUAGAUCUCAGCCAGCACUUCGCCCUGUCCCUGGACAGUGCCAUAUGAAGGUCCGCCGUUCGCACAUUUUCGAGGAUGCUUACCACGAGAUUAUGCGCCAGUCGCCCACAGAUCUCAAGAAGCGCCUGAUGAUCAAGUUUGAGGGCGAAGAUGGUCUCGAUUACGGUGGUCUCUCCAGAGAGUUCUUCUUCUUGUUGUCGCACGAGAUGUUCAACCCGUUCUACUGUUUGUUCGAGUACUCGGCACACGACAACUAUACGCUCCAGAUCAACCCUCACUCGAGCAUCAACUCUGAGCAUCUUAACUACUUCAAGUUCAUUGGACGCGUUGUUGGUCUCGCUAUUUUCCACCGUCGUCUGUUGGAUGCUUUCUUCAUUGUAUCAUUCUACAAGAUGAUUUUGAAGAAGAAGGUGACCCUUGCGGAUCUGGAGUCGGUCGAUGCAGACGUGUACCGUAACUUGAACUGGUUGCUGGACGACGAGAGCGGAGCCGAGACUUUGGAUACCACCUUCUCGACCAACGACGAGCGGUUCGGAGAGAUUGUAACGAUAGAUCUGAAGGAGGGCGGUCAGGAUAUCGCAGUGACGGAGGAGAACAAGAAGGAGUACGUCGACCUGAUGACAGAGUGGAGGAUUACCCGUCGUGUGGAAGAGCAGUUUAAGGCCUUUGCCGAAGGAUUCCACCAGCUGAUCCCCCAGGAGUUGGUGACAGUCUUUGACGAGCGCGAGUUGGAGUUGUUGAUGGGAGGUAUCUCUGAGAUUGACUGCGACGACUGGAAGAAGCACACCGACUACCGUGGAUACACUGAGCAGGACGAGGUUGUGCAGUGGUUCUGGAAGUGCAUCCGUACCUGGGACUCUGAGAAGAAGGCACGUCUGUUGCAGUUCACUACGGGUACUUCGCGUAUCCCAGUCAACGGAUUCAAGGAUCUUCAGGGCUCGGAUGGUCCCAGACGGUUCACCAUCGAGAAGGCUGGCGAGAUUGGUCAACUACCCAAGUCCCAUACCUGCUUUAACCGUAUCGAUUUGCCACCAUACAAGUCGUAUGAUGUGCUUGUCAACAAGUUGACCAUGGCUGUUGAGGAGACUGUUGGAUUCGGACAGGAAUAA